CGUCAGCUGGAGCCCUGCCUCCGAGCUCAGGCCAAGCUAAGUCGCUCUAACGCCCAAUGGACAAGGAAGACGGAAGCUCCGCCCAUGUGCCUUUCUGCGCAGGCUCUCCCAACUCGCACCGCGAGGGAGUGGGAGGAUAAGGCGCUGUUAUGGAGGAGGCAGCAGCGCCGGGGCUGACCGAGGGGGUCCUUGAAAGGCAAGAAGCGCAGCCAGCUGCAGGUCAGGGAGGAGCCCUGGUGGAGCUCACCCCGACCCCCGGCGGCCUGGCCCUGGUGAGCCCCUACCACACCCACCGGGCCGGGAACCCCUUAGACCUCGUGGCGCUCGCAGAGCAGGUGCAGAAGGCUGAUGACUUCAUCCGAGCAAAUGCCACCAACAAGCUGACAGUCAUAGCUGAGCAAAUCCAGCAUUUGCAAGAACAAGCCAGGAAGGUACUGGAAGAUGCUCACAGAGAUGCGGGCCUGCACCAUGUAGCUUGUAAUAUAGUGAAAAAACCUGGCAACAUUUACUACCUCUAUAAACGGGAGAGUGGUCAGCAAUAUUUUUCCAUCAUUUCUCCGAAGGAAUGGGGGACAAGUUGUCCACAUGACUUCCUUGGUGCCUACAAGCUACAGCAUGACUUGUCCUGGACUCCGUAUGAGGACAUUGAGAAGCAAGAUGCUAAAAUCAGCAUGAUGGACAAGUUGCUAAGCCAGUCAGUGGCCCUGCCUCCAUGCACUGAACCCAACUUCCAGGGACUUACUCAUUGAGAGGGGGCUCUGACAAACCGCUCUCACAGGACCUGGCUGUCACCUCCUUGUUGCCCCCUUGUUGCCUUGAGAAUUGAGGGCAUCUGUAGGUGAAUCACAAACUUCUUGGAAAGAAAUCCUGUGUGGAUGUAAAUGCUGUCAUUAUGACUUUUAAUUGGGAUGGUAAUAAUCACUGAGUUAGAGUCACUGUCUUUUGGGAUCCUCUCUGGGCCACAGAUACCCACGUCAGUCACUUUCAGAGUUUUGGCUAAUGUACUUUCCUUCUUCCUCUCCAUCGCUUCUUCCCUUAAAGUGUUAGAGAAAGAAGAGUUUCUUCUUCCCGCAAAAAGUUUGGUGGAUCGUUUUCCAAAGAGAACUGUUUUCUGUGUUAAUAACUGGUAGUAUUUAACGUUGGGGUUGAGGCUGUCUCGUAGUUGGUGUAACUUCAGUUUCCAAUUCAUCUGGGAAUGGGAAUGUUGGGUAGUGGAGGGUGAUUUAAAAAAAAAAAACUUGGCUUGGCUGGACCAGAGAGUGUGUGAUUCUGGGAUUUCUGUGCCGUUGAUGAGGUUUGUCUUGCCCCUUUUGAUCUCUCUGCUUUGCUAGAGUGACGGAGAAUCUGAGGCAGCAGCAAAGGCCGGGUUUGGGGAGCGUCAACUUUGAAACUCACAAAAUUUAGACUUGGAAGAGACACUGGGUGCUGCCACUAAUCAUUAUAGAAUCCACUCUGUAGUCUCUGGACGAGGAGAUCCCAAGUUCAGCCACCUGCAGCAGAACAACCCCAUCUAAAUGGCAACUUAAAAAUACUGUAGAAGAGAGUAAGGCAAUAGAGUGAGAAACAAGAAAAACAGCCAAAUUGUUGAUUGUGAGUUAACCGGAUGGAAAUUCAUUUUGACCAGAAUUAUUCAAGAACUUAACAAGGGCUUUUGGCAAAAUUAUUGUAGUUCUUAUUCUGACUGGGCUCUUAUAGGACUUCACCUUCUUUCAUAUCUGUUCAAUGGAAUUAGCUAAGUUUAUGUGUUAUUUAGCAUGGCUGUGCUUCCCUCAGUGCCAUAGAAUCUAUUGCAAUAUGCUGUAAAAGGAGGGAGAGCUGUGUACUUGAACUGACAGUUGCCCAAGUUUCUUUCUGGAGAUGGAUGUUCCUUAUGCUGAUCUGCUAGGUUCCCCCCCCGCCACCCGCCCACCACCACCACCACCACCACCACCCCGGCAUUUGUGGUCUCUCCUCAUAAACUGCAUUUCUUGUGAGCUGUAAAUGGUCCACCUAAGGCCUAGCACAGGAUGGGCUAGAAUCUAACAAGCUCAGCCAUGUGAUACUUUGUCGUUCAGUUCACAUGGGAAUGUUCUUUGAACUCAUCUGCAGAAGUCUUGCUGGGGUGCUGCAGAGCCAGAGGGAAGAAACAUUUGUAGUACAGUAGUGGAUUCUGGCUACAUAAAGUUUCCCAGGUUUUCAGAAGGUUCUGACCUGGAUGGUGAGGACAUAUUUUGAAUAGGUGCUUUAUUAGUUAUCAGAUAAAUUAAUUACUAUAAACUUAAUAGUUUAAAGCAACACACAUCUAUUUCAGAGCUUAUAGGUUAGGAGUUUAGAUACCAUUUCAUUAGGUCCCUUGCUUUACGGUUUCUCUGAAACCCUGCAAGGCUGAAAUCAAGUUAUUGGUCAGGGCUGUUCUCAUCUGAAGGCCUGAUUGGGGAAGGACUGCUUCCAAGCUCACUUAUAUUGUUGGCAGAAUUUCAGUUCCUCUAGGGUUGCUGGCUAGCUGACUGUUGUCCAGAGGUUGCCCUCACAUUCUUUCCCCAUGAGCCUCUUGGCAGCUUUCUUCAGCAAAAUAAACAAGGAUUAGAGUCUGCUAGCCAGAUGGAAGUUACAGUCUUAUGUAGUCUGAUCACAGAAGUGACAUUUCAUCAUCUUUUCUGUGUUCUGUUGGUUGGAAGCAAGUCACUAGGCCAGGCCAUUCUCAAGGGAGGGAGUUAUACAAAGGCAUGGAUACCAGAAGGCAGGCAUCAUUGAAUCACUGAACAGAUUCUAGAAUCUUAUCUGCCAGUGUGCUCAGUUGGGAGGGAGAAAGGAAAAUUCUAGGUAAAACAGGCAGUAUCAUAAAGUGGUUAAGUGUGAUGGUGUCGAAGUCACAGAUCUGGACUUGACUCUCACUCUGACAAGACAGCUCCCAGCUGGCAUCCCUGCUUCCCCCUCUAUCCCCUCUCCAGUCCAUUCUGCAUACAGUCAUCAGCUUGAUCAUUUGAAAAUUUCCUUCACCCUUGACAUUUCCUAACCACAAGAGGAGAGCAGUGAUUGAAAAGAAUCUGUUCAAUAAGAUGUACUCCCUGCAUUUACCACCAAGGGGUAUCAUUGCUCUUUCCUGGUUAAGCCACUUGCCAUACUUGGGAAGGGCUAGUGGCAAUGUGAGGUGAUUUAGGUGACCUCAGAAUGGGGAACUAGGACCCAAUGAUUAUAUACAGUAAUCACUUUUUAUUCACCCAUCCAUCUGUUCACCUGAUAAUUUCAUAGUAUUAAGUGCCUUCUAGGUUCCAGGUUCUGGGGAAUAAUAGAGCUGAAUAAGAAAUCACUAUUUCCAAGGAGCUCACAGUGUAGUAGCAAAGUUUAAUAAUUACAAGAUGCUCUAAGAAGGGUGUCAGAGGUAUGCAGGGACACUAUGGAGCUCUGGGGAGAGGUUCCCUACUGAGCUUGGAGAAUUUGGGAAGACUCUUGGAGGAUCUAAUGCCUGUUUGGUGUUGAAAACCAUACAAUUAGAACUUUCUGGAGGCUCCAACUGCCCUUUCAUAGGAAGUUUGUCUUUUGGGGGUUACAGUAGGGUUCAUUUUUGGAGGGAGUUUGUGAAUGAAGAAAGGGACAUCCAUUUAAGCCAUAUCAACCAAAACAAUCCUGGCCAUGAGAGUGGUGGAGUGAGAUAUGUCCUGGCCAGAAAAUCUUAUGUCUAAAAGCUAGGAGAUAGAUGAAGAGAGGGAGGAAGAAAUAUUCCAGACAAAAAAUAGCAUGGAAGGGACAUUGGCCAGAAGUGAUAUGACAUUUGGGGAAUUGCCAGUUAAACAGGAGAAUGUGGACUGGCGGCUAUGGGACAAGAACUAUGGAAAGAUUUGGGGUAGGUUGGUAAUAUUGGCCAUUAGAAAUAUUUUGGCAGCAGAGGUUGGGUAGAGGGAAGACGGGAGCUUUCAUCCCUAAUCAAGGGAAGGGAUGAUGGGAGUCUGAACUCUAAGCAGUGGUAGAAUGAGAGGGCCUGAAUUUCAUCAAUUGCAAGGUGUACUCUUUCCCCUCACAUUUUAGUAUCUCUCAAACCUAUACACUCCUUUUUUUUUUUCUUUGAGAUGGAGUUUCGCUGUUGUUACCCAGACUGGAGUGCAAUGGCACCAUCUCAGCUCACCGCAACCUCUGCCUCCUGGGUUCAAGCAAUUCUCCUGCCUCAGCUGGGACUAUAGGCAUGCACCACCACGCCCAGCUAAUUUUUGUAUUUUUAGUAGAGACGGGGUUUCACCUUGUUGACCAGGAUGGUCUCGAUCCCUUGACCUCAUGAUCCACCCGCCUCGGCCUCCCAAAGUGCUGGGAUUAUAGGCGUGAGCCACCGCGCCUGGCCAAACCUAUACACUUCUAAGAGUCAGUGGCAUGUCGCAGUUUAAAGUGGCAUUUUUCCUUAGAGCUACAUAAAAGAAUCAUAACAGCAUCUUAGAUUUGAUGAAGCAUAGCAUUUUGAAAGUACAAUAGAUUGCCAUCUUGUUAAUAAAAUGUCAGAGGGAUGAGAGGAAAGACUUAGAUGAUGCUUGAAUUUCUGUCUUGAGUGUCUGCAUUUAAUAGUGGUGAUCCACUCAACAAAAUACCGAGGAGGAGGACAUCCCUGAUAUUUUCUAGAAUAAUUGGUGAUGUAUAUUUGCUUUGCUAAUCCACCUUCUUGGCCCUUCCCAAAUUACUGGAUAUGAGUAACAGCUGACUGUAGCUCCCUUUCUCCACCCUAGUGCUCUGGAAGGAGGAAGGGAGAGCUAGCUUAUAUCUUACUUCUCAAGUUACCAGUCCACAAACAUGGAGAAUAUUAGUGUUACAGAUACAAAUAGGUAAGUACUGUCUAGUGAACUUUUAUUCUGCUAAGCGUAUCCCUUAUCUUUUUUAAUCUUCACAUAACCCACCAUCUGUGAGGUAUAUAGUAUUAUGUUACAGAGCAGGAACAUCUCAGAGAUUCUGAAACUGGCCCAUGGUUAUACAGACGGUAAAUUGUGGAGGUUAGAUUCAGACACAGUCCUGUUUAUUUUGAGUCUGACCAUAACCUUAAUCCUGUUUGGGCCAAUUAAGACAGUUGUAAAGGAUUUUAAUAUAGAGCUAUAAAGAAAAAUCACAGAAGUGAUAGAGUUUCUUUUUUUUUGAGACGGUCUCACUCUGUUACUCAGGUUGGAGAGCAAUGGCUUCAUCAUAGCUCACUGCAGCCUUGGACUCAAGCAAUCCUCCUGCCUUAGCCUCCCAAGUAGCUAGGAGUACAGGCAUGCACCAACAUGUCCAGCUAAUUUAAAACAAUUUUUUGUAGAGAUGAGGACUUACCAUGUUGCCCAGGGUAGUCCCAAAUUUCUGGCCUCAAGUAGAAUAAUAAGAUGUUUAUAUGAGAUAUUGUAGGAGUAGUUCACUUGAGCGUUUAGUGAUAGAUAUGCAGAGGGUAUAUAUCAAGGUACAGAGAAAUAACUUAUUUAAUGUCAUACAACUUAAUGAACCUGUAUCUGUGGCAUUAAAGCCUGGGUACAGAACCUUCAUCAGAAGAUAGGGUUCAUUUCUUCCUUUAAGGAGCUGGAGCUCGGGAAGAAGGAACUAGUGUGCCUGGAAAAAUUUCGUUUAUGUAGUCUUAAGCAUCAGUUGAUUCAGUGGACCAGUCUGUACUUGAAAGUUUUUUUCUUCUUCAUUUUGAUUUAGAAUAUUAUCUCCUGCCUUUCUCUACUUCACUGACCACCUUUUCUGUGUCCUGAUCAUCCUCUUCCUGACAUCUGCAUUCUGGGCUAAGUCUGUGGCCCUCUCCUAUUUAUCUCUAAGUGGUCUAAGCCGUUCCCCAGGCUUUAAAUACCGUCCACGCACUGCUGACUCACAUACAUAUCUCCAGCCCUCACCAGUCCCCAAGUUUUAUGCACACUUGUUUGUCUAGUGGCCUUACUUGAUACCUCCACUUGACUUGUACUCAUUAUGCAUUUAAUGUGUCCAAAUCUAAACUCUUGAGUUCAUCCCCAAAAGCUGCUUCACCAGUCCUCUCUCUUUCCAUCAGCACCUGUCUCACACUGUUGUGGUGGCCAAGGACCUAAGUCAUUCUUGAUUCUUCUUGUUCUCCCCCUACCAGUCAGCAAGUCUCAGCUCUGCCUUCAAAAUGCAUCCCAAAUGUGGGUGCUUCUCUUCACCUUACCCUUUUCCCCCUUAGUCUGAGCCACCAACACCUCCAGCCUGGACAAUGCAGUAAUCUCCUCACUUGCCUCUCUGCUUCCACAGAGACUGUCAGCAUCAUUUUCUUUUUUUGGAGACAGUCUCACUCUGUUGCUAGGGGUGGAGUGCAGUACCGUGAUCCCAGCUCACUGCAACCUCUACCUCCUGGGUUCAAGUGAUUCUCCUGCCUCAGCCUCCUCAGUAGCUGGGAUUACAGGCGCGUGCCACCAUACCCGGCUAAUUUUCGUAUUUUUAGUAGAGAUGGGGGUUUCACCAUGUUGGCCAGGCUGGUCUCGAACUCCUGACCUCAAGAGAUCUGCCCGCCUUGGCCUCCCAAAGUGCUAGGAUUACAGGGAUUAGCUACUAUGCCCGGCCCACUGAUUUAUUCAUUAUUAAGAGUAUUUAUUAUACACCAGGCACUAUUUUAGAUGCUAGAGACAGCAGUGAACAAGACAAGACCAUCUCUGUCCUCACAGAACUUAUAAUCAAGUAUGGGACAGAAGCAAAAAAUAAAUCAUUUCUGGUUGUGCUAAGUGCUGUGGGAAGUGAAGCAGAAUCAGAACUAUUUUAAUGUGAGAAGAGCUGGUAUUUCUGACAGGGUAAUUAGGGAAGUGGCAUUUCAGCAGGGACCUAAAGGAUGAGAAGAUGCAAACCUGCAAAGAUCUUGAGGGCAAUGCUCCAAGCAGAUGAGACAGCAAAGUAAAUGAGCAACAAUAAACUUGGUGUGUAGGAAGAACAGCAAGGUCAGCAAAGCAGGAACAUGCUGAGUCCCGAGAAUGGCAGAUCACAAAGAACCUAGGAAAGAAAUGAGAAAUUCUUGGGAUUUUUUUUUUAACAGAGGUAUUGUGAUCUGGCUUGUAGUUUUAAAAGAUGAUGCAUGGCUGGGCACGGUGGCUUACACAUGUAAUCCCAUUGGGAGGCCAAGGUGGGCAAACCAGCCUGGCCAACAUAGGGAGAACUCAUCUCUACAAAAAAUACAAAAUUAGCCAGGCAAGGUGGCAUGUGCCUGUGGUCCCAGCUACUUGGGAGGCUGAGGUGGGAGGAUUGCUCAAGCCGAGGAGGUCAAGGCUGCUUUGAACCAUGAUCAUGUCACUGCAUUUCAGCCUGGGUGACAGAGUGAGACCCUGUCUCAAAAAAAUUUCUGUAACCCAGCAUAUCUUAACUGUUAGCAUUUCAACAAACUACUUAAAAAACUUUGUUACUUUACAUUGUUUUUUAAAAUAAGAAUUCAAACUUUGGUAUAUAUUUUAUACUUACAGCACAUCUCAAUUCAGACUAGCCACCUUUGAAGUGCUCAGUAGCCGCACGUGGCUGCUGGCUACCAUAUUAGCACAAGUGUAUAAGUAGCCUAACUUAACUGUUCUCGUUCUGUACUUCCUGUGAGAUUCAGAAUGAGGGAAGCUAGAAACUACUGGUGUGUGUGUGGGGGGGGGGGGGCGGUAGCUUUUUCAACUACCCUGCUUCCUUCCCCUCCCCUGAAAGAAACUUUGGAGAUGUCCAGACUAAUAGGUGUAUGAUCAUAUGCUUAGAUUAAUAAUGCUGAUAAUUGAGCUUCUACUCUGUGCCAAGCAUAUAAUCUCAUUUAAUUCUCCCAACAAUCCCAUUUUAUAGAUUAGGAAACAGGUUUAGAAAAGCAAAGUAACUUGUUCACAUUUAUACAUCUGAUAAGUGUUAGCACUGGAAUGUAAACUUGGUUUAAAGUUAAGCUGGUAAUAAUAAUCAUUAGGCUGCAGUUUUUAA